GUGGGCAGAAGAUUUAUUAAGAGUUGUGUAUUAAGACCAUCGAAGAAUAACAUUGACUAACAGAGAAAGAAAAUGGCUAAGUGUAUGUUGCGACUGAUUAUUCUAUUCCUUCUGAGAGGUACAGGUGGAAUGAAAGAGGCUGAUGUGUUCUGCAGUUAUGGAGAAAAUGUCACUCUGCCCUGUAAUAAUGCUCAUGCUGACUGCACAUGGAUCUAUGAGAGAAACAGAGAUUCAAGGGCAGUUGUACUGUUUGCUGAUGGAAUAAAGAAGAAUGACACAGAGAGACAUUACAGACUGAGUCUGGGGUCUAAGUGCUCUCUGAACAUCUACAAAGUCACAGAAAAUGAUUAUGGAGUUUACAGCUGCCAGGAACAUGUCAAAGGGCAAAAUCUGGACGACCAAAUUAGACUAAAUGGAAACUAUUCUCAUGUUUUUCUGCAUGUUCUUUAUGUUUCCAAACAAUCUACACAGACUGAGAUCAGAGCAGGUUCUGUGACUCUCUCCUGUCAUCUGUUUUCAUAUGAUGGAUAUUACUGUGAAUAUUUUGUCAAUGUUAAAGGAUUUCAGCUGGUCUGGAUGAAUCAGGCUGGUGUAAAUCUGCAAACAGACCCCAGAUUUCAGAAAUCAUCCACCCCGAAACACUGUAACAGCACUCUGACUAUAACACUCCUGAAUGAAGACAACAACAAAGAGUGGAGAUGUCUGCUUUUCAAUGGAAGUGAAUUUCAGACCUCAGCCAGUUUUAAUGCCAAGUAUUUGGUUGAUGCCGUCCCAAUCAGGGACAACACAAUAAACUCUGAAAAAAGCUUGUCUCCUGAAAAAUCAGAAAUUCCAACCAAAGUCUGGCCAACUUUGGGUGUGUCAUCAAGCAGAGUGAUAAUAUUUCUUGGUGAGAUUGCAGCAUUAACAGCUCCUACUGUAAUUCUUCUUCUGAUCUUCUGUGAAAGAAGAGCUGAAAACAGAAGGACUCAGAACACCCACAAGAUAUAAUGAUACCACAUGCAAUAAAGUGCCUUCUUUAUAACUAAAACCAAUUGUGACUUCAUUUAUUGAGCCCACAAAUUGAUAUUUGCAUACUGAUUUGAAGGUAAUUUUUUAGUGGCCCAUAUUCAAUCUGCUUUAAGUAUGAAUGCAUAGCAUGUAUAGCAGCCACAUGUUGUUAUUUUUUACUUGAUUUAUUCAUAAUUAAAAACGUUACACCAUAAGGGCUGCAUCAUAUUUAAAUCUCUUAAUGCUUACAACCCAGCAUGUUAGGAUUUU